AUGGUGCGCUGCGGGAGCAUCGCGGUGCGCGCGCGCGGACGGAACACGCGCGUGCGCACGCCCGCCUGCCGCGCGCUGCGGAACCUCAACCAGAUCACAGAGCGUGUUUACUGCGCGAGGGUAUGCGGACGCGCUGGUGUCGUGCUACGCGCGCGCACGUCAGCGGCGUGGGCGCGCGUGCAGGCGGCGGCGCACAACCCGCGCGCGCACGCCGCUCUGCCGCUGCGCACGCGGCUUUGCGCGUUCAUUCGCGCGCUGGAGGACCGGUGGACGCCGCCUUCAUACUACAAGCCAGAGAGCACGGUGACGGAAAAGUUCCUAGACGACCAAUGCAAGGAGGCCGACGAGGAGUCUGCCAGGCUGCCGGCCUGUGAGGACAAGGAUGACGAGCGCGAGGACUUGGAGGAGCAGCCUAUCUUAGAGACUGACAGGAUGAUUGUCAUGGAACAAAAGCUGCCCAAAAGGCCGGUUCUACACGUGGGUCCAAGGCCUGGCGCUGAAGUCCACUUACCAGUAGUCAGUCCCAGCGAGCAGCUGUCCAGCCAGAAGAUCUGCUUCUCUUCCUACCUGGAACGCAUGUGCUCGCAGCGGCGGGACAAGGACGGCGUGUGUGAGUGCAGCGUGCUCUCUCUGUCUAGCGCUCGUGUGACGUCACCGGGGUCCACUCACCAGUAGUCAGUCCCAGCGAGCAGCUGUCCAGCCAGAAGAUCUGCUUCUCCUCCUACCUGGAGCGCAUGUGCUCGCAGCGGCGGGACAAGGACG